ACCCCUCCUCAAGCGAGAAGGAAGGAAGGAAGGAAGGAAGGAAGGAAGGAAGGAAGGAGCAAAGCCCCUCCCACCCAAGGAUGACACUAAACACCCAGCAAGAAGCAAAGACCCCCCUGCGUCGGCGAGCCAGCACUCCACUGCCCUUGUCCGCCCGGGGCCACCAACCUGGCCUCCUGUGUACAGCACCUUCCACAAAAUCCCAGCAUCCCCGGCUGGGCCAGUCAGCCUCCCUCAAUCCUCCCCCCCGGCAACCUUCACCUGCCCCCAAUGGUUGGUCCUCUGAAUCCAGCGACUCUGAAGGCUCCUGGGAGGCCCUCUACCGCGUGGUACUGCUUGGAGAUCCUGGCGUAGGGAAGACCAGCCUGGCCAGCCUCUUUGCAGGGAAGCAAGAGCGAGACCUCCAUGAACAGCUUGGAGAUGUGUACGAGAGGACCCUCACGGUGGAUGGAGAGGAUACCACGCUGGUGGUCAUGGACACCUGGGAGGCUGAGAAACGGGAUGAAAGCUGGAGCCAGGAUUCAUGCCUGCAGGUGGGCAGCGCCUAUGUCAUCGUGUAUUCCAUCGCAGACAGAGGCAGCUUCGAGAGUGCCUCUGAGCUCCGCAUUCAGCUGCGGCGCACGCAUCAGGCCGACCAUGUGCCCAUCAUCCUGGUGGGCAACAAGGCUGACCUGGCACGCUGCCGGGAAGUCUCCGUGGAAGAGGGCCGCGCCUGCGCGGUGGUGUUCGACUGCAAGUUCAUCGAGACGUCGGCCACGCUGCAGCACAACGUGGCCGAGCUCUUCGAGGGCGUGGUGCGCCAACUGCGCUUGCGCCGCCGGGACAGCUCGGCCCCGGCGCCUCCCGCGCCCCGACGGCGCGCCAGCCUGGGUCAGCGGGCUCGUCGCUUCCUGGCACGGCUGACGGCCCGCAGCGCCCGCCGGGCACUCAAGGCCCGCUCUAAGUCUUGCCACAACCUGGCGGUGCUCUGAGGCCGCCCUGCCUUCUGGGGGUGGCGGAACACUGGGCUGCAUUCUGAGCUCCACCGAUGCCACCGAGGGUCCUCGACGCAGUUGCCUGGACUCGGCACAGUGGGCUGUGCCUGUCCGCUGCCCCGAGGGCCGCAGCAUCUCCCAGAGCUGCAGCUUCAGGGACCCCCUCCGCCCCAGGAAGGGGUGGACAGACUAUGGGACCGAAGCCUCAAGUUGGGCACAGAGUAGGGUUUUGUUUUUGUUUUUUUUACGCGGUGCGUGUCUUUUUGUAAAAAUCUUCCUUGUCC